CCAGCUUUGCCUUUCGCCUUUCUUAUGCUGACUGACUGAUCGUUCAUAAACAACAACGCGCCGCCCCGCCGAUCGACACCGACCGAUAAUCAAUCACGUCCCUCAAGGAAGCCUUCUACUAGCACACAAUACCACACCUAUAUAUCGCGAUCCUUACUUAGCUUAGCUCAACUUCCCGAGCUCCGCAUCCUCUCCAGUGUGUGCUCGCCGCUCAUAGCCAGGCUCACUCUCACUCCCACCUCCAUCCACCCCUCCACGGCAGCUCCUGCUCGCGAAGCGAACGCGGGCAAUGGGGAUGGCGUGGUCGCGCCAGCAGGGGGACGCGGCCCGCGCGGCGGCGCGGGAGCACACGAGGCGGUGCAGGGAGCGGCGCCGGCUCAUGCGGGAGGCGGUGCGGGCGCGGCGCCAGCUCGCGGCCUCGCACGCCGGCUACCUCGGCUCGCUCGGCCUCGUGGCGUCCGCGCUCACCCACUUCGCGCUCGGCGAGCCGCUCCCGGUGUCCGACCACACCCCGCCCGCCGUGCUCGUGCACCGCCCGGCGCCCGCCCCCUCCACGCCGCCGCCGCUCCUCCGCUCCAUCCAGCCGGCGCAGCAGGACGGCGCUGCCGCUGCCGCUGCCGAGGCGCCUCCCGCCGCCGCGCGGACGGAGGGCGGCGUCGUUGGCGGGGAGGACCUGCGGGUGGCCGUGAGGCACCGGAGCCUCGCGGAGGUCGCCGCGGGGCUGGAGGAGUACUUCCUCAGGGCUACCGCCGCCGGCGACCCGGUGUCGAAACUCCUCGAGGCCGGCAACGCCGAGUACAGCGGUGGAGCGAGCAGCUUCUUUGGCGUGCUUUGCUGCAUGUCGUCGUCGUCGUCGCCGUCAGUUUCGCACGACGGGGUCGACGGCAUGCACGACCGGAUCGGCAAGCGGCAUAGCUCCACACUGCAGCAGCUCAUGGUCUGGGAGAAGAAGCUGUACAAGGAGGUGAAGGCGAGGGAGCGGCUGCAGGUCCGCCACGACAAGAAGCUGGCGGCGCUCCGGGACCAGGAGUACAGCAGGAAGAUCAACGUGGACAUCCAGAAGCUCAAGGGCGCGUGGGACAGGGCGCGCGCGCAGCUCGCCACGGCGUCCGAGGCCGCGCACGCCGGCUCCGCGGCCAUCUCCGAGCUCCGGGACACCCACCUCGCGCGCCAGGUGCUGGGGCUCUGCCACGCCACGCGCGACAUGUGGAAGGCCAUGCGCCAGCACCACGAGGCGCAGUGCCUGAUAGCGCAGCAGCUGCGCGGGCUCAGCGGCCGGACGUCCAUGGACGCGACCACGGAGAUCCAGCACGGGGCGACGCGGGCGCUGGAGGCCGCCAUGUCGGCCUGGUGCGCCGCGCUGGGCCACCUGGCCAAGCACCAGCGCGACUACGUCGCCGCCCUGCACGGCUGGCUCAAGCUGACGUUGGCGCCGUCCGCGGACGGCGCCCCGGCCUCCCCCGUCGCCGCGGAGCUCGCCGCCUUCGUCGACCGGUGGAGGCAGGCGCUGGACGGCGUGCACUGCGCCGAGGUGCUCAAGUCCAUCAAGAACUUCGCCGGUGCCACCCACGCGCUGUACGCGCACCAGGGCGACGAGCUCCGGGCGGCGCGCCGGGUGGCGCAGUGCACCCGCGAGCUGGACCGCAAGUCCCGGAUGCUGCGGCAGGUGGAGAAGAGCCACUACGACUCGUACGCGCCGGCGGGGCUCGCGCUGUGGAACCGGGGGCGGCACUGGAUGGAGCACGACAUGCGGCAGGUGCACCACGCGCACAACGAGGUGGUGCAGCGCAAGGAGGAGAUCGACGCGUGCCGGAGGAAGCUCGAGGGCGAGAUGAAGAGGCACGCCAUGGCCAUCGACGCCACCAGGUCCUCGGCGGUCGCCGGCGUGCAGAGGACGCUGCCGGCGGUGUUCCAGGCCAUGGCCACCUUCUCGGCGUCGCUUGCCACCGCUCUCGACGCGGUGUGCAGACACGGCAGCGACGUGCAGUAGUCGCAUACAGUACAUACUACGUUUGUUUUGGAGAUAUUUCCUUUCUACACACUGUAUAAGAUUUUAGUUCUUGUAGGGUUUUGAAAUAUGAAAGAAAUGCGAGAGCAAAACAGAGAUAACCGAGUUGUGACUUCUUUUU